AUGCUGCUUCUUGGCAUCUGGGACCCUCUGGGUGGCUGCCCGACAUUCCCCGGGGACUCCGAGAUUGGCACGCUCUUCAAGAUCAUGCAGCUGCUGGGCUCCCCCACGGAGGCCACCUGGCCAGGCUUCGAGACCAGCCUGCCGCUCUGGAGCCCCCUGUACCCGAGCUGGCCGCCCACUGGCCUCGAGACGAUACGCGACCAGCGCCCAGAGCUCGGCGACGUUGGGAUGGACCUGGUCCGCUCCCUGCUGACCAUGAACCCCGCGGCCCGGCCGACCGCCCGGAAGGCCAAGGCCCACGCCUGCUUCUCGCGGCCCGGCUCCGCUCCGCCGAGGGGCGUCCCGUCCUCAUGA